AUUCAGAACUAAGAUGGAGCAGCAUAGUAACCGUCUCUGCCAGUAUAAGAACUACAACUUUCUCUCCAUUAGCACAACUGCAGAGUACAUAGAAUCUCUUCAGAGUCUUGAAAUAAGACACAGUGAUGUCUUCCUCGUGUCUUAUCCAAAGUCAGGGCACCAUAUGGGCUCAGCAGAUCAUCACUUCUAUCUAUGAGCUGGAUGGGCAUGUGAAUGAAUAUUCUACCAACUCAGAGAAGAUGCCAUGGCUGGAGUUCACAGGGGGUGCAUACACUUGUCGCCCCUCUCCACGACUCUUCACAUCACAUUUCUCCCACGUUCUCAUGCCUCCAGGACUGAUGGACAAGAAGGCAAAGAUUGUGUAUUUGAUGAGGAAUCCAAAGGACAACAUGGUGUCUUAUUAUCACUUCAGCAAAGCCCUUGCAGACCUUGAGACUCCUGAGAGCUUUGCUCAGUUUUUCGAGUGGUACCUGACGGGAAACGUACCAGCAUCAUCCUGGUUUGAUCACAUCAGCGAGUGGUAUUCAAACAGAGAGCAGUACAACAUCCUCUUCCUGACCUACGAGGAAAUGAUUUUGGACCUAAAAGCAUCAGUGAAGAAGGUCUGCAACUUCUUAGGGAUAAACCUGACUGAAGCCGCCAUCAGUCAAGUUGUGGAAAAAGCUAAGUUUGAGAACAUGAAGAAUGACUCGAAAGCAAACUAUGAGCACAUUCCACCAGAACGCUUCAGUGGGAAAUUCCUGCGUAAAGGUCAGAUUGGAGACUGGAAGAACACACUGACUGUUGCACAGAGUGAAAGAGUGGAUCAAGUCCUUCGGGAGAAACUUGGUGAUUUGCCUUUAAGGUUCAUCUGGGAAUAAGCAGAGCAGCUCUUCAGGGUCUCCCAGUAAAAAUACUGGCAGUGGCAUGUGGUACACCUCAGGCCUCCUAGUAGAUACACCUGUGUUAUCAAUUUGAAAAUCCUGUGUGGCUUCAUUCUCGGGUCAUCACAUUUACAAACUUGGGUGUCCACCUGUCCGUUCUUUAGGGUGACAAAAAUAUCCCAUCAGUGUUGUAAAAAAAGAAAAGAAAAUCAUAGUAGCUGUUAUUCAAAUACUAAGUAAAUUCAUUUUCUUCUUUUACAAAAAAAAAUCAAACAACUGACUUUUAGGGUGGAGAGUGUUACAAGUUUCAGACUUGUCCUUUGCAAACAUUUUCCUGAGUUUAUGUUCAGUCACUUGCUUCAGAUUAUAUUUGAGCAUCUUCUGCCUACUCUGCCCAUGAGCAAGCAGUUUUCAGUCACAUCCACUCCUCGUUUAUCCUCAUUUAUCAAGCUCAGUGUUGUGUCUGUUGUGUUCAGCUAUAAAAUGCUUUAUGACAUGUUUUGAACUCGAGUACAGGAAAUAAAACACAAAACAUUAAAA